UUUUCAGGUUGAUUUCUCAGCGCGCGCUCAGUGGGCUCGCGGACUCGGGUACGGAUAUGUGUCUUGUGUCCACGUGUCCUCCUUUACUCCACGCGCACGUGACUUGGGCUCUUCGUCGCAAUUUCAUGUGUGAAGCUUUUCCAGUGGUAACAGCCCGAGUGAAAACAAUGGCAAGUUCGUUUUCGCUUCAAAAAUGUUUGAGAGACUUCGCUUCAGAAGCUCGUGAGCUGUACCUCGGUGAAGAAGUUCCAUAUGUGAUGCAGCCCCCAUCUCCUCUGGAGUUCUACCGGGAGUGGAUUGGGCCCAACAAGCCCUGUGUCAUCCGCAAUGCCAUCAGUCACUGGCCUGCCCUCCACAAGUGGAACUUGUCCUAUCUCAGGGACACAGUGGGUUCAAAAGUCAUCAGCGUUGCCGUGACCCCCAAUGGCUUUGCUGACGCUGUUCACGGGGACCGCUUUGUCAUGCCUGAAGAGCGCCAGAUGACCUUUUCUGCCCUGCUGGACGUGGUGGAGGGCAAGGUGGAGAGCGAGGGAGUUUUCUAUGUACAGAAGCAGUGUUCAAACCUGACGGAGGAGCUUCCGGAGUUGAUAGGUGACUUGGAGACUCACAUCCCCUGGAUGAGCGAAGCCCUGGGAAAGAGACCUGAUGCAGUAAAUUUCUGGCUGGGAGAAGCAAAAGCAGUCACAUCAAUGCACAAGGACCACUAUGAGAACCUGUACUGUGUGAUCUCCGGAGAGAAGCAGUUCAUCCUCAUUCCUCCCUCCGAGCGACCCUUCAUCCCAUACGAGCUCUACCAGCCAUCCAAGUAUCACCAAACCAAAGAUGGUACUUUUGAAGUAGUGGACGAAGCAGGAGCCAGCAAGGUGCCAUGGACCCCACUGGACCCCCUGAGUCCAGAUGUGGAGCGCUUCCCACAGUACCGGCACGCAAGGCCAAUGCUCUGCACAGUCAGGGCUGGGGAGAUGCUCUACUUGCCCUCACUGUGGUUUCACCAUGUUCGCCAGUCUCAUGGUUGCAUUGCAGCUACUGGACUCCCUCUCAAGAAACACAGAUCUGCAGUGAACCCCCCACCCCCGAGGCUAAAUGCUGAGUUUGUUACUAGACAUCUGAAGGGCAUAAAGUCAACAACCAAGUCAAUAAAAAAAAAAAAUGUAGUAAAUGUUUUAUUCCUUUGUCUUUUCUUGAAAGAAUCAAGAGUGUACAGUACAAACACUAUGAGAGUAAAAGCAUUCAGAAUGAUAUGAAAUUAGUGCAAACACAAGUCAGGC